AUUUUUAAUGUAUGGUGCUUCCAGCAUAGCUUCGACAUCAAAAUCUUCGGCCAUGUUGUCUGGUUAGAUUGCUUGCUCUCUUCCUUCUAUUGAAACCACGGAUAUUUAUUUAUCUCAAUUCCUAUUUUGUAAGAAAGGUAUUUUAUACUUUGAAAGUUUGUGCUCUUUUAAACAACACAGUAUACUUCUUUGAUGUUUUAAAACGUAAAUAAUUUGUAUACUUCACGCGACGAAAUGAAAAAGCAUGGAAACUUCUAUUUUUCUUAUCGAAGUACGAGGGUAUACGAAGAAUACACGACGCGAAACGAUACGAGGCUCGAUUACUAUCGAUUAAUUCAUAAAAUGCGUUAGCAAAGAAUGUAAUAAAGUAAAUAUGGACAGCAGAGACGCUACAACAAUUUUUUAAAGUUAUAAAUUAUUCUUUAUAUAAUUUAUCGCAAUAUUGCAUACCAGUAUGAUAACAAAACGUUAGUGAAUCGACUUAAUCGUAAGUUUGUGAUUUAUUGUGUACAAGAGUAUUUAAAACAUUUAUUUUAAUAUACACAAAUGUUUGCAAGCAUAUAAAAUGUUUUGUUUUAUUACAAUAAAAACGUAAAUAAUUUACAGUUAGGUGACUUGUUAAUUUUCGUUUUUUAUCUUAUCGACGUAAAACAUUUCAGCGUUACUGCUUAAAACAACAUUGCCUACUAGGCAAUGAACACCACCCAUACAGUAAAUUCUCGAGGGUUGGCCAGCAAUCGAGACUUUAUUUAUACAUGAAGGCAAAUACUUAUAUAGUAAAUAACAUCACACAUAGGAGUGUUCAGCAUAGCAUUUGUUAUAAUUUAAGGUGGUCAUCGAAAAUUUCAAAAGUUAAAAUAUAAGCUUUUCUAUAUUGUUUUAGCUAAAACAGCGAGUAUAUAACAGUACAUUUCAUUGGACUACAACUUGAGAAAAGGUUAAAUCGUGGAAUAUUAAUACGUAAAUACCGAUCAAGCAUCGUUGUGUUUGUUUACAUCCCAAAUUUUGCAAGGUUUUGACCAUAAAUUCAAAUUGCUUGUUAUAAUAAAAUCUGUAAUAUAUGCUAGAGCUUAAAGAUAUUCCAUAUGAAUAUAUUAUUUAUAAAAGAAAAACAUAAAACACUGGUUAAUUGCCCAACCAAAAGUUUCAACAUAAAAAUUUGGCAAGUGAAGAAAUAAAAAAAAGUAGUUGAGUCACCACUUUUAACACUUACGCAGGGACAGCUAAAAGAAUAAGGCAAAAAUGGAGGACUACAAAUUUCUUUUCAAAAUUGUACUUGUUGGCAAUGCGGGUGUGGGGAAAACUUGUUUGGUGCGCCGGUUCACACAAGGUUUAUUUCCACCUGGUCAAGGAGCCACCAUCGGCGUUGAUUUUAUGAUCAAAACUGUGGAAGUUGAGGGUGAAAAAAUAAAGCUACAAAUAUGGGAUACUGCAGGUCAGGAACGUUUCCGAUCAAUAACCCAAAGUUAUUAUCGAUCAGCACAUGCACUGAUUCUUGUUUAUGACAUAAGCUGUCAACCGACAUUCGAUUGUUUGCCCGACUGGUUGCGUGAAAUACAGGAAUAUGCGAAUUCGAAAGUUUUAAAAAUACUCGUUGGCAAUAAAACAGAUCGCGAUGAUCGGGAAAUACCAACACAAAUUGGUGAAGAAUUUGCUAAACAACAUGAUAUGUACUUUCUUGAAACAUCAGCCAAAGAAGCCGAAAAUGUUGAGCGCCUAUUUUAUGAGAUAGCUGCCGAGCUAAUUGAUCAGGCGCGCAGUAAAGACGGCACAAAUGUAAAUAAAACUACUGCAGAUGCAAUUGGACUUGGUAAUUUUGGCACAAAAGCAACUCAAAAUAGUUGUUGUAGCGGUUUUAGCAGCAAUACUAGUCAAACAAAUAACGAAAACGGUAACAGUAGAAGCAACACUUAGGUAAAAGUGAUUGCAAACAUUUAUAAAUAUUUGACGAACAUGGCUUUUAGAAAUAUAUAUAUAAAAUUAAGGUUGAAAAUGAACAUGAAUCCGUAGUCAUACAAGUGUAUGUAGCAUGAGGUAUCCUGGUUAGUUGUAUAUUUGUUUUAAGAAGCAUCAUUUUAAGUUGUUUAAUCACGAAAAAGGCAUACAUCUAUUAUCGUUUACACUGCCUUUAAGUACCCUUAGUUAUUGAAAUUAUUAUAUAAUUUUUAAGUUUAUUAUUUUCUGUAUGUGGUCUAUUACAAAUCAUUUAUAUAAACCAUAGUUUAGAGCCGGCUGUAGUCACAACGGACAAGUAGGAUGUACCGAAUCCAUUUAUACAAACUAAAAAAUUAUAUUUUUUUGUAUUGGACCGAAACCAUAUAUAAAAUUUCAAAUUACAAUUAAGGUGGUUGAACUUACGAAAAUAAGCCAAAUGAAAGCGAAUCUAAAAAAAAAGAAUAUUUGUAUAUACCAUAUACAGGCAUACAUUUGUAUUUAUGUGAAUGCAAAACAUAUGAAAAUACAUUUUUAGAUUCGAAACUUUUGAAUUAAGUACCUUUUCAGAGUUAAAAUUUAAUUUAGCGCUAUGUAAUAAGUCAAAAAAUAUUUCAAUCUGACAUAUUGAUGGCAACUUUUAAUUAACACUUCAAGUGUAUUACUUUUAUCCGUCCUGGUAAUACUAUUUUCAUUUAUUUGUUAAAGUAUUAUGCUUAUAUGGUAUUAUACCCACAAUCAACACAACACUACUAAAAUAUUAUACUAUUUACAAGCACAUCAUCACAAUAUUUUAAUGCAGAAAGUAGUCUAGUAGAAGUAUUAGUAGUAGAAUCAAGGACAUACCGGUGUUGGAUCAGCCAGGGUUGAAAAAUAAAACAAACAAAAAUAUUUUGAAUUUUUUGGAAAAAGAAAAUUUUGAAAAGAAAAAUGUCCGUCUAAAAAGGCACAUGGUAAAUUGUUUUUUUACCACAUGAGGAAUAUUUCUAUACAUUUUAAAGCAAAUCGGAGGGGUGACCUAAUCGGUUUUAUACCCAAUUUAUACCUUUUGAUUAAAAUAAUUUAAACAAUUUUGUAUCUUUGCUUUUUGUUUCUAUAAUUAUAAUUGUUUUAUUGGAUACGAAUCGAGUUCACAAGUCUUAAAAUUAUUAAACUCAACUACCAUAUUACAAUGAAUGCAGAUUAAAAUAACUUGCAGGACUGCAGUAAGGUAUAGGACUGACUGCCUUCAUGUUCCUCAAAAUCAUAAGUCCAACUUUUUACGAAUAGUUAAAACUAUAUUUACAAUGGUGACCAAAGCCGUCUAUUUUAAAAAGGUGCAAAGAUUACUCAAUAAUAUUCGAUUUAAUAAAAAAUUUAUUAAAAUAACGAAUAUUUACACAUUUAAUGUACUUUAGCCAGUUUUAAAAACACAUAUAGAAAUACAAUGUACAGGAACUCCUUUCAAGAGUUACUUUUCGUGAAUAUUGAGAUUGAAUAAUUUGAUAUGUCUCCAAUUAAGUUCAAGAAUUUAAUUUAUAGUUGCCAAGGUGCUAGUAAAAUUUAAGUAUAUACAUUUUUAGUAUUUUCUUAAAUUAAUAUUAUGAUAAAAAUUAAAAAAGAAUGACGCGCACAAAAUAAAAAAAGAUUAGUUAUAAAUAAUAUGUAUUUUGAAGAAGAUAGAAUGAAAAAGUAUGUCUUUUGGAUAUCGUAUUAAACUUCAUAAAUCGAUGCGUAUACAAUAAAAUUUUAACAAACCUAACCUAAAAUUUUUACACAAAAGUUUAUCAUACCAACUAAAAUGAAAGUUCAAGAAUUUUAUAAGCAUGCAAUUUGAGUACGAAAAACGUCGGAAUAGGAGAACAUUAAAAGAUUGUUAAAUUAAAUUUCUUUUUUUACUAAAUUUUUUGGUUUUAUAUUAAUUAUUUAUAAUUAAUUUUUUUUCAAAAUUUAAUAAUGUUAAACUACCGUUUUUAAUAAAAAUAUAUCAGUUUUUUUUAACAUAUGAAAUAACAUCAACAAUUUAUUUUAAGUAAAUUAACGGAAAUAUAGUAAGAUAAUUAUUACAAACAACAAAUUCAACUAAAGUUAAGAAGUCAAAAGUUUCGAUAAUAUUUUAAAAAUAUUUAAUGAACAUUAUAAUUCUUAGGGCAUUUAAUUUCGUUUUUUACCUAUUUUGCCUUAUAUUAUUAUUGGUAAUAUCACAAAUAGAAUUUAAAGCUUCUGUGAAAACCCAGUAAUGUUAAGCAAAAAUGAAGAAAAAUAGUUUACAGCCAAAAAAUAUGAGUUAGCCAACUAUUUUAAUUUAGUAUAUAAUUUUAGCUUGUAACAAAUGAUGUUAUAAAAUUUGUAAAUUAUACAUUAAAUAUUAAAUGCACGAUAACUAGUAUAACAUUAUAUAUGAAUAUAAUUUUAUACACAUCACCACUUUAUACACUACUACUUUUUUAUUUUGUAGUAAAAGAAAAAAAAAAACAAAAAUGUGUUUAUAUUAUGUAAAUGUAAAUGUUUUAGUAUAACAAAAAUUUAAAUUUUGUGCAAUUAUUAAAGAAUCAUUCAUGUAUUCACUAAUGGAUCUCUUUUUGCAAAACUAUAAACUCAAAAAAAAAAAGAAAAUGAUAUUUAAUAAAGAAAACAAUAAAGUUAACUUA